CCCAAGGGCCAUCUGCCAUCGCAAUCGCGCCUCCCCCCUCCUCUUCGAUCUUCCUGUCACUCCUUUGGCAUUGGUGCUGAGCCUCCGCCGUCUUACAUCUUAGGUCCACCACUUUUUUCUUUAACUUCUCGACGCGACCUUCCAACUUUCCGCAGCUUCCGUUGCUCCCCAACCCACCAACACCAACACCACCAUGUCGAAGCCGGAUUGGAUUCAAUAUGGCGCUCCUUCGCUGGAUCGCCCCUUUGGCCUUGAACUGUGGCCUAUCUUCGAGAAGGGGUUCGCGGCCGUUGCUGGCUACAAACCCCAAGAUUUCCGCUUCGUGUCCGGAGAGACGACGCUAUCGACCUUCAAAGCCACGGCCAUAAUGCUUGCAUCAUACUACGUUAUAAUCUUUGGAGGCAGAGAAUUGAUGCGCGGUCGGGAACCCUUCCAGCUCAGCUUCUUCUUCAAGGUCCACAACUUCUACCUCACCGUAAUCAGCGGUACCCUCUUGGCGCUGUUUGCGGAGCAAUUGAUCCCCAUCGUUGCUCGCAACGGCGUUUUCUUUGCUAUUUGCGAUCACAAUGGAGGCUGGACCGACAAACUGGUCAUUCUAUACUAUCUUAACUACCUCACGAAAUUUGUGGAACUGAUCGACACCUGCUUCCUAUUCUUGAAGAAGAAGCCUUUGACUUUCCUCCACACAUACCAUCACGGCGCAACGGCCCUUCUCUGCUACACCCAGCUCAUCGGGAAUACUUCCGUCUCCUGGGUUCCCAUAACGCUGAACCUCAUGGUCCACGUUGUCAUGUACUGGUACUACUUCCAAAGCGCGCGAGGCAUUCGCAUCUGGUGGAAGAAAUACAUCACCGUCAUGCAAAUUGUCCAGUUUGUUUUGGAUUUGGGCUUCGUCUACUUUGCCUCCUGGACCUAUUUCACCUCCACCUACUGGGAUUGGCUUCCCAACGCGGGCAAAUGCGCCGGCGAGGAGUUCGCCGCCAUCGCUGGAAUCUGCAUUCUCACCUCGUACCUCGUCCUAUUCAUCUCAUUCUACUUCGCCACGUACUCGAAGCCCAUCCCCAAGAGCAGGCGUCGGGCUACAAGCGCGUUGAUUGAGAUGAAGGAUGAAAAGGUACCGACGGUCGCAGAGGCCAGGAGGCGUCUCAGCCAAGGCGCACACUCGCGGGCUAAUGGACAUGCUACCUCUACAGGGUCAGCGACACCCAACGGACGCGUUACCCGAUCCCGCAAGGCGUAAACGCUCGCCCGACCGCCGUCACACAAACUAAGUCAGGACAGGCGACGAAGCAGAUCGAGCGUCUGCUUUGGCUACUCGUACGCUGGACGUCCCCCCCGGUGCGUGUCAGGCCCAUGGAUGAUUUCGCCGGGCCAACCCAAAAUCUCCAUGAAGCAAUGCACCAGCAGCUUCAAUUCUGUCAAGACCCCCCGUUUUCGUCGAAUGCUUUCACGCGCCCGUGUUCGCAUUUCAUGUUUGCGAAAAGCCGCGAGGGGAUCCAACAUUGCAAAAUAUUUCCUUGUAAUCAGUUAUGCGUUUGGGUCGUCAUGAGAGCACUACUGUCAAUGUAAUUCUAGAACAUCACUAGCCACAGCGCGGGGAGGCGCCGCUACUAGAAAGUGUAAUGCAUAGUUUACUUGCUUGCGUUUGGAUAUAUGAAAUAAAAAUUUGCAUGCACUCGAAAAG